GUGUCAUAUUACUAUGAUGAUUAUGACAAUACAAUCAUUCAAACGAUUAGCUAUUUAUUAACCAUGAGGUACUGUCACACUCACAACUAUCCAGUACAGUGAAGAGACGGCAGAAUGCAAAGACUGAGGGCGUUGCUGUCACCGUGCGUACAAAUGUGGAAUUACACAAAGUAGGACAUCACAUCCAGCUCAUGCGCGUGUAUGACGGUGACGAGAAAUAUUUGGCUUGAAUACGUCCUGCGCGUUAUUAGACGAUCAGACGGGAUUUGUUGUCACAGAUGAUGAGUUGACAUUGAAUCAGAAGGUGACCAACUGAGCAACUGUCAAGUUCGCACAUGUGUCGCGCAGGUCUCACCGCAAGGGGAACACCUUCGAUCCGAAGCCACGUGGCCCGAUCCGGCUAAUUGCGUAACAGUUUGGGGGUUUUUUUUCCCCCUCUUGGCUCUCUCCUCGAAGCUCCACUAACUUGCCACGGUGUGUGACAUAUUUCUGAUAGCUGCUGUUAGUGUAGGCAAAAAGUAAGUCAAACGUGCAUGGGUGGUACGGUUGCCUGGGUAACUUAAAUCAGUGGGUGCAAGCACGGUUGUUAUGGUGACAGUCUGUGGGCGCAAUGAGGGCAGCAGGACGGAGGAGAAGCCCCACUGGAUAAGUGACAAAGAUGUUCAUGUCGGACUCUGCGGAUUUAGUUUCAAUGCGUUUGAAACGGACAGAAAAACAGACAGAUUUUUUUUUGUAUGAAUGUAUUUAGCAUGAAGCUCAAUAAUGAUGUUUGCUUGUGCUUUCAGUGAUAGAUCCCGCUGUACCUCUUUCUGACCAAACAAAAUCCAACUACACAGUGCAUAUUAAAUUAAUGGCUUGAAUGUAUUCUCGUCAUACUAUCACAACAACACACUUAUUUUUAAUUUGUCCCCAUUUUAAAAACAGAUUUUUUGGAUUCAAAAACUCAACCCUGCAAAGAAAUCCUGUCUAACAAUGUCAGACAUGGUUCCAGUAGAGGUUAAGGCACGUUGUAGCUUUCCCUCUACCAAGCUGGAGAAGAUGAAAGCAGCUAAAGCCCUGGUGGAGAAAGCAAUCAAGGCGCAAAAAGUAUUUUCAGUGCAGGGGCGCUAUCCUGUGAUCCGUGCCGGCUUACGGGCCAGAGGGUGGGUGGAGCGUUAUUUGCCCAACGCAGGCCAUGGAACGUCUCCCUGCCAGAGUGAGAAGGACAAGGAGGAAGAUGAUGCCAGUAUUGGAGCAUAUAAUUGCAGUGAGAUAAAAGAGAGAGGGGAUGACACUGAGCAAGAUGACCUUGACGACAUGUAUGACUUCAUGUCUCGCCUGGUUCGAAAUCAAAAGCCUUUCUUCUACUGGAGCCCACGCUACGAUGCCACCCACUAUCGUUCGCUUCAACAGGACCAAAUCACCAACCACUAUGCCAACACCGCAAACUUCACCACCAAGGUGGGUCUCUGUGUGAACCUGCGUAACCUUAGGUGGUAUGACACUGCAGACCCUGACACCUUCUUUCCGAGAUGUUACAGGCUCGGGGCCGAGGAUGAGAGAGAUGCAUUCAUCGAGGACUUCAGAAGGACGGCGUGCAGCAGUCUGCUGAAGCACGUGGUGGAGACGAGCAUGAAGAUAAAUAAGCCAAUGCAAGAUGAAGAGGGGAAAGCCGAAAGCGCCGUCUCCGCAGUGAGUGCAGGAGUGAUCAACACAGCCUUGCAGAGGUGUCAGGAGUAUCUGAGUGUCUUAGCGCACAGCGACAUCGAUGUGACUGUGAAACCUUUGCCUUUUGUGGAGGAAAACCAAUGGAAUCACUUUCUGCAAAAGUACUACUUGGUUGUGCAUAAAGGUGCAUCGAUCAGAAGUAGUGCUGGUUUUGUGGAGCGCUGCCAGGCCAUGUUGGUCCGACUGAAGGAAGUGUGUCCUCAGCUGGACACUGAUGGAGUCAAUAACAUCUGGAUUAUAAAACCUGGUGCCAUGUCAAGAGGAAGAGGUAUUGUUUGCAUGAAUCGCUUGGAUCAGAUUUUAGCACUGGUAGACUCAGACAAAGCCAUGGUGAAAGAUAGCAAGUGGGUGGUUCAGAAGUACCUGGAACAGCCUCUGUUGGUCAAUGGAACCAAAUUUGACCUGCGUCAGUGGUUUCUCGUCACCGACUGGAACCCUCUGACCGUUUGGUUCUACAGGGAAUGCUACCUGAGGUUCUCCACACAGCCUUACUCCACAAAGAGACUUGAUAGCUCGGUCCAUCUGUGCAACAAUGCCAUCCAGAGGCACCUCCAGCCAUCAAAUGAGCGCCAUCCCAGCGUGCCAAGGGACAACAUGUGGUCCAGCUCCGACUUCAAAGCCUUUCUACAGCAGCAGGGCCGUGGGGCGCAGUGGGACAAGGUGGUGGUCCCGGGUAUGCAACAAGCUGUGGUCCACGUCUUGCAGACGGCUCAGGACCAGGUGGAGCGCCGCAAGGCAACCUUUGAGUUAUACGGUGCCGAUUUCAUGUUGGGAAAUGAUCUGAGACCUUGGCUCCUUGAAGUCAACGCCAAUCCCACGAUGGCCUGCACCAGCGUUGUCACAGCUCGCCUCUGCCCCGCCGUGCAGCUGGACACGCUGAAGGUGGUGCUGGACAGACGAAACAACCCCAACGCCUUCACGGGAGGCUUCCGGUUGAUCUACAAACAGCCUGCAGUUGAACCCCCACAAUUUAGCGGCGUGAACCUAAUAGUGGAAGGAAACCACAUCGGGAAACCUAAAUCUACAAAGCGCAGACAAAGGCUUCGUUCUACUCUGCCUCGCUCGACGCAAUCCGCAAGAAGCCACACAAGUUCUUCCGAAGACAACGAAAUGAUGAGUAAACAUCAAGUGAAGUCAUGCGACAAGGCACAAGAGCAGCUUUCCCCGGAGAAGAGGCAGCAGACACCUCCUCCAAGAAGGGAACAACGGGAAAGAACAGUUGUUCGCAAUGCCGGUUUGGUACCAGAACGACACGUGGUGGAGGACCACGCUGAACCCAGGAGGAGACCCCAGUGUUUGAGUGUGAAUCGUGGUAUCGGCGGAACUCCACUGGCCCAACGGAGCGUCCCCUUUUCUCGCACCACCCUCCCUUGCAGUGUUUCACUUGUAUGUAAAUCUCCAAUUAAACCAAUCCAUGGAGCGCACCUGUGGAAGUCCUUGCUUCCCAGGACUUUUUACGAGCCUUGUUACCGGCCCCCAGUACGGGCAACUUCUUUCUGUCGGGAUCAGCUCCCCAUGCUGCGGCUCACAAGCAUGCAGCCAAAUAUGCUGCCAAGCUAUCGAAAACCUAUGGAGACCUUUCAAAUUGAGUCUAGUUAUAGAUUUUACAAGCAGCGUUAUAUGCAAACUAUGUCCAGAUAUAAAUGACAAUGUACAGGAAGUGUUUUUUUUUUUCCUUCAAAUUUGAUCAAAUGACCUUUCGGCAUACGACACUAUUAAAUACUCAGGUAACUAAUAUUUUCUCUGCAAUCACAAUCUAUAAUAGAUUUCAUUAAAAGACUUGUACUUUUACAAAGAUAAUGCUCAAGUUUGAUUAAAACUUUCAGAGAGGUAUUACUUUUACUAGAAUAUCACAUAAUUGGGAAUAAAUGGAGUUUAAUGAUG